GCAGAACCUAAUACCACCUACCACUCCACCUCCCUAACUCAUGCACUAAUGUCACUAUGCCCAACUCCUAACCCAUCUAACAAAGAACUUAAAAAAGUGGGAUUUUUCCUUAGGAGGAAUGAAACCAAGGUGCAUGAGAACAAAACACGAAGGGAAUGUUGAGAUAUGGAAGUAUCUGGUAUUGUAGUGCGCAGGCGCAGAAGCAUAUGGGCGGAGGGAGAGGCGCGCGAUAAAACCAACCCGCUUUGCGUCACCGCUAUAGAACCGAGCGAGGUGCAGUGCUGUGAGGAUAUAUUGAGUGACUACAUAUUAGCGGUACAUCAUGCAGAUCUUCGUGAAAACAUUGACGGGGAAGACCAUCACACUAGAGGUUGAGCCCUCAGACACGAUUGAGAAUGUGAAGGCCAAGAUUCAGGACAAGGAGGGCAUUCCUCCUGACCAACAGAGGCUGAUCUUUGCUGGCAAGCAGCUGGAAGAUGGCAGGACCCUGUCUGACUACAACAUCCAGAAGGAAUCCACACUUCAUCUUGUGUUGAGGUUGAGAGGAGGAAUGCAAAUCUUCGUCAAGACACUCACAGGCAAGACCAUCACACUAGAGGUUGAGCCCUCAGACACGAUUGAGAAUGUGAAGGCCAAGAUUCAGGACAAGGAGGGCAUUCCACCUGACCAGCAGAGGCUGAUCUUUGCUGGCAAGCCUGAGGAUGGCAGGACCUUGUCUGACUACAACAUCCAGAAGGAAUCCACACUUCAUCUUGUGUUGAGGUUGAGAGGAGGAAUGCAAAUCUUCGUCAAGACACUCACAGGCAAGACCAUCACACUGGAGGUUGAGCCCUCAGACACCAUUGAGAAUGUGAAGGCCAAGAUUCAGGACAAGGAGGGCAUUCCUCCUGACCAGCAGAGGCUGAUCUUUGCUGGCAAGCAGCUUGAGGAUGGCAGGACUUUGUCUGACUACAACAUCCAGAAGGAAUCCACACUUCACCUUGUACUGAGGUUGAGAGGAGGUAUGCAGAUCUUCGUCAAGACUCUCACAGGCAAGACCAUCACCUUGGAAGUGGAGCCAUCAGACACUAUUGAGAAUGUGAAGGCAAAAAUCCAAGAUAAGGAAGGCAUUCCACCUGACCAGCAGAGGCUGAUCUUUGCUGGCAAGCAGCUGGAAGAUGGCAGGACCUUGUCUGACUACAACAUCCAGAAGGAAUCCACACUUCACCUUGUGCUGAGGUUGAGAGGAGGUAUGCAGAUCUUCGUCAAGACACUCACAGGCAAGACCAUCACACUAGAGGUUGAGCCGUCAGACACUAUUGAGAAUGUGAAGGCCAAGAUUCAGGACAAGGAGGGCAUUCCACCUGACCAGCAGAGGCUGAUCUUUGCUGGCAAGCAGCUUGAGGAUGGCAGAACCUUGUCUGACUACAAUAUUCAGAAGGAAUCCACUCUUCACCUUGUGCUGAGGUUGAGAGGAGGUAUGCAGAUCUUCGUCAAGACACUCACAGGCAAGACCAUCACACUAGAGGUUGAGCCGUCAGACACCAUUGAGAAUGUAAAGGCCAAGAUUCAGGACAAGGAGGGCAUUCCUCCUGACCAGCAGAGGUUGAUCUUUGCUGGCAAGCAGCUGGAAGAUGGCAGAACACUCUCUGACUACAAUAUUCAAAAGGAAUCCACUCUUCACCUUGUACUUAGGUUGAGAGGAGGUAUGCAGAUCUUCGUCAAGACACUCACAGGCAAGACCAUCACACUAGAGGUUGAGCCGUCAGACACCAUUGAGAAUGUAAAGGCCAAGAUUCAGGACAAGGAGGGCAUUCCUCCUGACCAGCAGAGGUUGAUCUUUGCUGGCAAGCAGCUGGAAGAUGGCAGAACACUCUCUGACUACAAUAUUCAAAAGGAAUCCACUCUUCACCUUGUACUUAGGUUGAGAGGAGGUAUGCAGAUCUUUGUGAAAACCUUGACAGGCAAGACCAUCACUUUGGAAGUGGAACCGUCAGACACCAUUGAGAAUGUGAAGGCCAAGAUUCAGGACAAGGAGGGCAUUCCACCUGACCAGCAGAGGCUGAUCUUUGCUGGCAAGCAGCUUGAGGAUGGCAGGACCUUGUCUGACUACAACAUCCAGAAGGAAUCCACACUUCACCUUGUACUCAGACUGAGAGGAGGUAUGCAAAUCUUCGUCAAGACACUCACAGGCAAGACCAUCACCUUGGAAGUGGAGCCGUCAGACACCAUUGAGAAUGUAAAGGCAAAGAUCCAAGAUAAGGAGGGCAUUCCCCCUGACCAGCAGAGGCUGAUCUUUGCUGGCAAGCAGCUGGAAGAUGGCAGGACCUUGUCAGACUACAACAUCCAGAAGGAAUCCACACUUCACCUUGUGCUGAGGUUGAGAGGAGGUAUGCAGAUCUUUGUGAAAACCUUGACAGGCAAAACCAUCACUUUGGAAGUGGAACCGUCAGACACCAUUGAAAAUGUGAAGGCCAAGAUUCAGGACAAGGAGGGCAUUCCCCCUGACCAGCAGAGGCUGAUCUUUGCUGGCAAGCAACUGGAAGAUGGCAGGACCUUGUCUGACUACAACAUCCAGAAGGAAUCCACACUUCACCUUGUGCUGAGGUUGAGAGGAGGUAUGCAGAUCUUCGUCAAGACACUCACAGGCAAGACCAUCACACUAGAGGUUGAGCCGUCAGACACUAUUGAGAAUGUGAAGGCCAAGAUUCAGGACAAGGAGGGCAUUCCACCUGACCAGCAGAGGCUGAUCUUUGCUGGCAAGCAGCUUGAGGAUGGCAGGACCUUGUCUGACUACAAUAUUCAGAAGGAAUCCACUCUUCACCUUGUACUGAGGUUGAGAGGAGGUAUGCAAAUCUUCGUCAAGACUCUCACAGGCAAGACCAUCACACUAGAGGUUGAGCCGUCAGAUACCAUUGAGAAUGUGAAGGCCAAGAUUCAGGACAAGGAGGGCAUUCCCCCUGACCAGCAGAGGCUGAUCUUUGCCGGCAAGCAGCUGGAAGAUGGCAGAACACUCUCUGACUACAAUAUUCAAAAGGAAUCCACUCUUCACCUUGUACUUAGGUUGAGAGGAGGUAUGCAGAUCUUCGUCAAGACUCUCACAGGCAAGACCAUCACCUUGGAAGUGGAGCCGUCAGACACCAUUGAGAAUGUAAAGGCCAAGAUUCAGGACAAGGAGGGCAUCCCUCCUGACCAGCAGAGGCUGAUCUUUGCUGGCAAACAGCUGGAAGAUGGCAGGACUUUGUCGGACUACAACAUCCAGAAGGAAUCGACACUUCACCUUGUACUCAGACUGAGAGGAGGGAGUUGGUAGUGCCUCAUCUUGCAUGGCUUACAGGGAUCUUUAUUUUUUGCAAAUUUUAUUCUGUAUACCAGUUUUCUUACUUUUUAUAAUAUGGCAGAAGAAAUAAAAUUAUUAAUUUG